GUGUGUGUGUGUGUGUGUGUGUGUGUGUGUGUGUGCGUGCGUGUGUGUGUGUGUGUCGUCUGCAGUGGAGAGCAGAAACACAACCUUGACCUAGAUAACAAACCUGAGGAGAAAAGAAGAGGGAGAAGAGCGAGGAGGAAGCUGGUCUGGAGGUCACGACCUCCUGCUGCUGGUCUGAUGGAUCCACACUGACACACAGACCACCGGAGACUUGUCCUUCCAGUCUGGGUCCAGACUUCCUGCUGGUUGAUGAUGGUCGGAUCUGAAGUGAGUUAAAAUGGGAGGAAACCAGAAGAUCCCAGUGGAGCUGGUGAUGAUGAAGAUGAUGGAGUGAUGAUGGUUAUUCUGAUAAGUGGGUUCACACCCACUGAGGGGUCUCUGCUAACGUUCCUGGCUGAGGCCUCUGACGGCGGCAUGGGCAAUCUGUCCCCCCGCUCCACCUCGGCUGCCAGGACGGAUCCACGGUCGGGUGUGAACGGCCAUCACUGCUGCCGCCUCCCACUUUCACACGAACUGUAUGAGUUUUCACACACUGCUGGUCAGCAGCGGGUCCGUCAGCAGAUUGCAGCUGAUUUGGGAGGACAGAUGUUGGAUUGGCAGCUGCUGGACUCUUUGAGCUGCUGACACACCAGCCUGUAAACAUCUGGACACAUCUGGACUGUAAACACAGAUUUGGACCAGCAGUGACAGCAUGGGGAAUGGAAACACUCUGCAGAAGUUUAUGGAUCAUCAGCCAGACGCAGCGGUGAAACCGAACCCUGCAGACACCCAACACCUGAGAGAGGAAACUCCACAGUGGGUCUGCUGUCUGAGUGAGCGACCUGGAGGGCUUCAGGCUGGAGUUCUGCUCUACAUCAACCAGAACCGGUUGCCUAGCAACGGAGACUUAUUGCAGUGACCUCUGACCUCUGCCACUGCUUCUAAUGUUGUGGGAUUAAGGAGCUUCAGGCCAAAUCUCCCAGUAUCUUCAGAGCCAGAAGUGUCAGAAAAAGUCUUGACAGUAUCACUGUGUAUUAUCCACUCAGCUGUGAAGUCUGGAUAUCAUGACUGUGUCCUGAAACAGACGUGAUGUAACAUGUAAUUCACUCUGUGGGAAAGAUUUUAAGUUCAUCCAAGUUCAUCUUCAAAUGGAAACAACAUUUUGUUUGGUGUUCAGGCGCUUCGGUUGGUUAAAUGUUGAAAAGCAUCAGAUAUAUUCCUUUUUCAAAGGCGCCAUUAUUUAAAGGAACCUAAGGCGGCUUAUUGGAGCUGAUUGAAGAAAAGACUCCAUGUUUGGUUAUUUUAGACCCACAUCAGGCCUUUAAUGUGGUUACUUAAACUCCUGUAUUAAAUAUCCAGACUUUGUUUUGGAGUCAUUACACUCCAAAAACAAGACGAGUUCUGGUGUCCCUCAAGGAUGAGUCCUCGGCUCCCCUUUUUUCUAAAUUUACAUUCUGACUUUAAACUGUGUGUGUGUGAUGAUAUUUACAGUUUGUCUUUCUAAAAUCAAACACUAAGUGGCGCAAAAUUUCAGUAUUUGUGCUAGUUUUACAGAUUUAUUGUCAGUGACUUUGGUUAAAGUUUUGUUUUGCCUUUGUCCUGCAGCCUUGUCUUCUCUUUUAAGGCAAUUUAAAAAAAAAAAAAAAAGUGUUAUAAUGCACAUAUCAAGUGGAAACAUUCAUAAUCAAGACUGCAGAACAAUUGUUUAAAUUGCAGAAGUUUCAAUAAGAUGUUUAAAACUCUUUUAGAAAUUUGUUGCAAAGACUUGACAAAUUAUUGAAAAAAACAAAAAUCCAUCACUUUUGCAACUUUGAAGAUUUAUUGAUUGAAAUUUGAGAUCUUUCUCUCUUUAAACAUCAUUAGACUUCUCUAAUCUUUCUGUAACUAAACAAUGUUGAAGAGAAAUAAAGCAGGACAUAAACACGCAAUCAAUGAAAUCUGUCCAGAGCUUUUAAUUCUCAACUCCUGUCCCAGUUUCCUUCAAUCUCUUAAAGCUCUCCUCUCUAACCCCUCCCACAUUGCGCCUGGAGCGCCGGCUGACUGCUUGCCUGGUGAAUAAUUGACGAGCUCUCCCUCCUCUUUUCCAUCCUCUGCCUUUGUCGCGUCGCUCGUCGGGUUCUCCGGGCCGUGACAGGCCGCCCUCCCCCGCCUCCAUCACGUUCAAUUUCCACCUGCUGCUGGCCGGAUGGUGACAAACGCACUGGGAGCAGCUGCUGAGAUCUCUCUGGAGUCAUGAGGGAGUUCCUGUUUGUCCUCCUGCUGGCCGCCGAGUCGUCCUGCAUGUUUCUGAACUGGACGUGUGAUCAAAGCUGCGUUUGCCAUGGAGACCUUAAGUUCACCACCUGCUCACAUGACGACCUCACCCAGCUUCCCGUCAAGGUCCCGCCCUCCACCGAACUGCUGGACCUGUCCAACAACCUCAUCUCCGUCGUCCAAAAACACGUCUUCAGCAGCAACCGCAAGCUGAGGGUUCUGCUGCUGCAGAACAACAACAUCAGCCUGGUGGAGGAUGGCGGCUUCGCCCAGCUGGAGUUCCUGCAGAAGCUGGACCUGAGCUGGAACCGGAUCUCUGUUCUCACCGAGGGAUUCUCCGUCGGCCUGGCCUUCCUGCGGGAGCUCCAGUUGUCCCACAACCAGCUGACCGGCCUGGACAGUCGGAGUUUCCUCCACCUGGACGGCUUACAGAGGUUAAACUUGACCAACAACAGCAUCCAGAGCAUGGAGGUGAGGUCGUUCUCCUCCAUGAGCAGCCUGCGCCAGCUUCACCUGCAGGACAACCAGCUGACGUCUCUGCUGAGCGGCACCUUCUCCAUGCUGCGCUCCCUGGAGGUCCUCAACCUCGCCGGCAACCAGAUCCAUGAGAUGGAGUUACUGGUGUUCAACCCGCUCACCAGCAUGACCUUAUUGAACCUGGCCGACAACCAGCUGUCCACCGUCUGCUUCAAGACCUUCCUGAGCAUCCACACCUACAGCACCCACAUCCUGCUGCAGGGAAACCCCUGGAACUGCGACUGCGAGCUGCAGAGGGUUUUCAGGAAGCUGCGCAGCAUCCAGAGGAUCUUCCUGGACGACUACUACAACCUGACCUGCAGGGAGCCGCCCGUCCUGCACAACCACCGGCUGAUGGAGGUGGACACUGAGCUGUGCAUUGCUGAGACGGUCACCGUGCUCAUUAUCACAAUCACCGUGGUGAUAACCGUGCUGGCCGCCAUGCUUAUGGGCGAGAGGAAGAAGAAGAAGAGGAGGAAGGGGCUGCACUGGACGCAGCAGGGGGAAUUCUCGGAUGACUCGGAUUUCUGAAGCAACGUGAUUUAUUUUAUUUAUUUCCCAUUGCUGGAUGUUCAUUUACACCUAAAGUGAAACUCAACGGUGUUUCUUUUGCCUUGAACUCUUGCUAGUGGCGGUUCUUACAUGGGCAAGCACCUCCCUCGGCGGUCUUCUAAAAAGACCGCCGAGGGACCCCGAGGGACCCCCCAAGAAUUUAGGAAAUCUAAAUUCUUGGGCGGUCAAAAGGAAGUGCAAUCCUGCAGAGAGCCUCUAAAAUAAUCUCCAUAUCCAGACAGAUUGAACACGCAUGACAGGAAUAAAAGAAAACUUUCAAAAAAGAACUGAUAAGAUUGGACGAUAUGGACUUAUUUUGUGAUAUUAUUGUGAUAACGAUAAAAAUUAUGAUUAAAAAAACCACUAAUUAUCUUCACAGGGUAUUGUUCUCGAAAACAUUUAGCAUUUUAAUAGGCUUAUUCAGGGCACAACUUACUUAAAAAGUGUGAUUUAUAUCACUAGGAUUCACUCAGUAACUGUAAUUAAUCAUACUUGAAUUGACUCAUAUUUAUCGAUAUUCCUGUUGAACAAAACGUGGAGGAAAUAGCAAAAAUAACAUUUUUAAUAUGGUCAGUUUUUUUAUUUAACAUUGCAUUUAUCAUGACAAUGACAAUUAAAAUUCUUAUCAUGAUAAGAAAUUUUUACAAUAAAUGAUAAACAAUAAACAAUACAAUAAAUGCCCACCCCUACAGAAAGGUUUAUUGUUCUUUUAGCUGGUGCCUGCAACAUCUCCCCCACACAGACCUACUCCAGUGCCACCCUGGGCAACUGCCCUUAUGUUUCAUACAUCAAAAACCAACUCUGACAAAAAAAAAAAAAAAAGCCUGGUUUUUAACAUUUUCAGUUGUUUUCACAAAUAAAAUCCUAGAAAAUAAUGAAUUCAAUUUGUAAUCUUCUACCUUUAAAGAGCCUGGUCAACAGUUUUUUGUCCUGGAUUUUGCUCCAUACAUACAAAGUUUUGAGCAGAACAAACAUGGUCUUUUGCAUUUCAACAAUUAUUUUCUUCUCGACCAGAAUUAUGGAGUUUGUCACUUAUCGUUUCCAAAUCGGCAGUUUCUCCUCUGUUUAUUAAUUUCUGGACUUCUGAAAACAAUAGCGCUGGAUUAUAUUUAAAGGUAUCAAAGUAGUGAAUAUUUAAGUACUCCACAAUUUGUGGUUCCACCGUGAAAACUUUCCAAGUUGUACGAGUGGUUUCUGGUUCCCUCUGCUGAUGAAGAGGACUCACUGCAACUAGAAAUCAUCUGACGUCAGGAGGUCAUUCGCUUUAAGCAGCAGGGUGUGGUUUGCGGGUUUUCUGCCGGCUCAUUACGCCCUCCAGGAACAUUUCCUUUUCACAGAAAUCAGGAAUGGCCACAGACUUGUUUCCACACCUUUGCUUGGAGUCUAAACCAUGCUCUUAUGUAGGAGUUAAAUACAAAUUAAGUUGGGAAAUAUAUGCAAAAUUUCUUGAAAUAGAUCUGUUCACACACUUACAAAAAUCUAUUAUUAAGAAACUCACUUUUAGUGAUUUAGUAACUUAAAGAUUUCGGUGAUUGUCGUCUGUAAAGUAAUAUGUAGAAAGAAAACUGGAUUUUAAGAUUAAGUUAAACUGAAUUUGUGUUUUUCUUACACAGUGAAACUAAUUUACGGUGUAAAUUGCUUGUAUUCUCGGAGAUACUGACAAUAAAAAUCCGUUUUGUCUCA